UCCCAUCCCACCCCUGCCCCUGUUACAUGUGCAUUUCAUGCCCUUUAGCUUCGUGGCAGUUCGCUCAUCCCAGUUUAACUGAGCACCAGCUAUGCCCCGAGCACCAUUCUAGGUACUGGGGACAGAAGGUUUGAAUAAAUACAACGUUGCUUAAGGUUUUCUUUAGCCAGAAACAGCCAGCGUUAAGGGGUUACUGUAUUUCCUUCUCGUCAGUUUUUCCAGUUGGGGUUAAAGGGGUGUUUGUUUUGUUUUUCAGUAUGUAGUUUUGCAAUCACAUGUGCAACUUGGUCCCUUGCUUUUCUCCUGCGUUCAUCCCUAUGCCAGGCUUUAGUGGGUCUUCCCAAGGUGUCUGGGGGCGGAGCAGAGAUCUGUGGAUGGCAGUGAGCCCAGCCCCACCUGCAGCCUCCUGCCCCCUUCCUCUCCUCCCUUCCCACUCGGGCCUUCCUCACCUUUCACCGCUCCUCCCUCCUGCCCUGUGUGUCUGAGGCCCAGACCACUUCCACCUUCAGCCUCCUCUGGUGGGUCGGUAACCCGGCCAGGCUGAGACCAGGCUCUUCCCAGGGUCCCCACCAGUAGAAACUGAACGCCUCCCCCAGCAUCCCACAGGUCCAGGGAUGGGGCUGGCAUCCUCUCUUUCCUCAAUGCUGCUUCCAGACCGCACCCUCCACUUGUAAACCCCUCCAGGCUUAUGCCAUUUGCUCCCUACGCUCCACAGCGAUCUGGCUGCCACCCAGGCACCGAGGGCUCGGCACCACCCAUUCCCCAGCCUUUUCCACCCCAAAUACUGCUGUGUCCCAGGGAUUCCUCUGCCCGUGCGGCUGGCACCCCGCCCUCACCAUCCCAGCCUCAGAUCCUGUCUGUAUCCCCGUCAGCCUUCACCCUCAGCCGCCCUCACCUUCCAGGCAUCUCCCUCAUCCUGCACUUUGACACACACUUGCCCCCAAACCUCAUUUUUGGCUUCAGUCAUGUCUCUGUUCUCUCCCAUCUACGCAGAUGUCUUCCUCUGGUCGACCUCGGCCCCUAACACAUCAGUUCUCUUAUCAGUGUUAUUUAUUCAUUAUUCAUUCAACAAGCAUUUUCCCGGGACCUCCUGUGUGGCAUGCUCUUUUCUGGGUGCUGGCUUAAUUUAAAAGUAAUUCCUCAGCCGUGUUGUUCCGUGCAGCUAGAAAGGUUCUGUGAGGGUCAGGCAGUUUGACUUCUCGCAUUCUCUCGACUACCCUCGGGGAAUUGCCACCAGCGACCCCCCAGAGCUGACCUCAGGGCUCGAGGUGUUAUCUUAACAGGACCAGAUGCUCUGUCUCCCUUGGUGACCUUGGUGACACUCUUGUUCAUGUAGCCCAAGAUCCCACUGGCUGAUUUAGCCUCCAUCUAGCAGUGGUCUGUGCUUGUGGUCCACUAGACCCUUCAGAUCGUUUUCAGUUCUUAACACUUUGGCCUGUGCCUCUGUCCUCUUUUCUGCGUGUGGCAUGUCAUGGCACCUUCCCCUCUCCCCUACCCCGCUCCCAGAUGCACUCACGUAUUCCACUUCUUCCAUUGACCGGAAUGUAAUAGCUGAACUGAUUCCACCUCUCAGGCACUGGAGAUAAGGACGUUUGUCAGAUUCUUCCUCGGCCUCAAGUCUCCCGGAGGAGACUGAGGCUUGAUAUAGGUGGAAUAAGUGGUGGGAUUCUAGUGGGAGGAGACCUGGGCGUGGGGCUGCCGUGGGGUGCAGCGUGGAGGCAGGGCCGGCAGGCAGGAAUCACGUGGGUCAGUGAUUCUCCAAGCACCGUCCCUGGACCGGCCGCAUCAGCAUCACCCGGGAGGCUGGUCGAAGUGCAGAUUCCUAGGCCUUGUCCGCCCUGUUAAGUCAGAAGCGCUGGGGCUGGAGCGCAGCAAUCGUGUUUCAGUCCUGCAGCUGAUUCUGAUGACCUCUGAAGUUUGGGAACAGGGGUUUAGGUCAGAGAUGGUGGUGGCCAGGCCAGUCCUGGUAGUGGGGCUGCGGGGAGGGUUCUCAGGGACCCUGGGAAUGGGAUCGAAGGCCUUGGGGGUUGAGUGUGGAGUGGUGAGGGUGACUCUGGGUCAGGGUGGCUACAGGGUUUGUCUAGGGUGACUUUACAUCUCAAAUCAGUAGGCCUCUCCUUCCUUGCUCCCCCCUACCCUCCUGCCAGGGUGUCCCCAGUAAAGCCUCUCUCCUUACAGUGAGCGGCUGCUCCCCACCUCCCGCCCCUUCUUACUGCCCCACGCAGCCUCCCUCCUUCACAAACGAGCGCUCCCAGCCCUUCCCUGGGAGUCAGGUAGUCGGGGCGGUUACCACAGCAAGUGACAUCAGCAGUCUGGUCCCCGAGGAGCCCGGCCGCCUCCCGCCUGCCUGCAGUGCCUGUGUUACAGCCUCUUCGAGGCGUAGAGAGGAGGCGUUUGGGGACUCCCGCCCCCAUUUUGAGGGCUGGGCAGGGCCGGGAAGGGCCAGUGGCCAAGAGGGGAGGGGACAGGGGAGGGCGGAGGGGUAGGUGGGGCGUCUUUGGUGGCCUCUCGCCCUGGCAGCGAGGGCCCAGCACACCGGGCUCCCAGACGGCGGAGGAACAGCAGCAGCUGGGCAUGGCGGAGGACGGGCCCAAGCCACCGCAGCUCAACAUGCCCCUGGUCCUGGACCACGACCUGACCAGGCAGAUGCGGCUGCGCGUGGAGAGCCUGAAGCAGCGCGGGGAGAAGCGCCAGGACGGCGAGAAGCUGCUGCGGCCGGCCGAGUCCGUGUACCGCCUUGACUUCAUCCAGCAGCAGAAGCUGCAGUUUGAGCGCUGGGACGUCGUGCUGGACAAGCCGGGCAAGGUCACCAUCACGGGUACCUCCCAGAACUGGACGCCCGACCUCACCAACCUCAUGACACGCCAGCUGCUGGACCCUGCUGCCAUCUUCUGGCACAAGGAGGACUCGGACACCAUGGAUUGGAAUGAGGCCGAUGCCCUGGAGUUCGGGGAGCGCCUGUCGGACCUGGCCAAGAUCCGCAAGGUCAUGUACUUCCUCAUCGCCUUCAGCGAGGGCCUGGAACCCGCCAACCUCAAGGCCUCUGUGGUCUUUAACCAGCUCUGACGGCAGCUGCUCGCUGCUGCCCCCUCCCCGUGCCAGCCCUGCCCGUGCCCCCUGCCCCGAGGCGUGUGUUUGAGGACGUUCUUCUAGCUGCUGGCCUGUACUCAGCUUGCCCGGGACCCCCUGAGCCUGUGUCCUUCCUCCUCUCCUCUCCAUGGUGCUGGCGCUCCUGCUCACGGGAGGAAGACGCAAAGGACUUGUAGUCUAGAAGCUGGACUGGUGGCUGCUGCUUCUGCUGUAGACCAUGAAGCCUGGUUGACCUUGUGUGGGCAGAUGGAGGGGGCCGAGCGCAUUUAUUUUCUCUCUGCUUCGCUGUCCGGACGGAGACUCAAAGAGACCGAGAGAGACAGACAUAGACACACAGAAAGAGAGAUCCAAGUUCCCCGCCAUCGGGCUUCCUCUGGAGAUGGGAGAUGGGGAGACUGACGACAGAGCGGCCUCCUUGGGGAAUCCACACAUGGGCUUUUGGUACCCUCCUGGCGACAGAAGUCCAGAGGUGAACACUCAGCCUGAGGACCCAGGAAGGCACUUACUCCUGGCCCGGGCCUGGUGUGGUCCCAUGACGCCCCAGGGGCCUCGGGACUUCAGGCAGGGUUGCUGCGGGGCUUGAUUUGGGCAGUGGGGAGUGACUGGCAGGCUAGCAGCUAUGCUUGCCAACUCUUGCUCUUUGGAAAACGACUUCAGGAGGGAGAAGUGACAGGGAGAGGACAUAUAACAUGUUACAGAGGGAUGUCUCUAUCUGUACUUGUGCAUAUAUAUUGAGAGAGAGCACGCUAUAUUCAUAAGGCUAUAUUCUAGA